UUUCUUGGAUAAUUAAAUUAAAACCCACCUUCAAUCUUGUUCUGUUUUCCCUGCUUUUGAAGCAAAUAAUUAGGCAGUAUUAUUGAUACCCUCUACCUUUCCAGGGCAGAUUAAGGUAAUGGAUAGUAAUUAAGCUUGUGGAGCUAGUACAUUGUCUCUUCAUUACUAUAAAUAAAACACUCUUAAACCCCUCUUUGUAUAUCAAACACAUCAUCAAGCAUUAGUACUCUCCUGCAUUUAUCUCCACUUUACUUCCAAGUGAUUCAAGCUUCGUUCCCUAGCUAAAACCACUAGGAAAUGAAGCAACAAUAUCUUUUCUCAUUUUCACUUCUCCUUCUCUUUCUUCACUCCACCGAAACUUUUGCCCAGUCACCGGCUGCUGCCCCGGUACAAGCACCACCCGUGGCCCCAGUACUGGCACCACCUGCACCCCCUGCACAAUCACCAACUGGAGUACAAGUAGCUGCAUCACCUGGCCCCCUUGACGUUGUUAAGAUCCUUGGAAAGGCUAGCCACUUCACGGUGUUCGUCCGCCUAUUGAAAUCUACCCAAGUGGAUACAGAGCUAUUCUUGCAGCUCAACAACACCAACAAUGGAGCAACCAUCUUCGCACCAAGUGAUGGUGCAUUUUCAGGCCUCAAAGUAGGCACUCUCAAUUCUCUGACCGAUGGAGACAAGAUAGAGUUGGUGAAGUUUCAUAUAGUGCCUACAUUUAUAUCGACUUCCCAGUUCCAGACAGUGAGUAACCCAGUAAGGACACUGGCCGGAGCAGGCAACCGGUUUGCGCUGAACGUGACCACCGGAGGGAAUUUAGUGAACAUAACUACAGGACUAACCAACACAACGAUUUCUGGCACUGUAUACACUGAUUCCCGGCUUGCAAUUUAUCAGGUUAGCAGGGUGCUACUUCCUUUGGACAUGUUCACUCCUAAGCCUCCUUCUCCAGCUCCAUCACCUGCACCGGCUCCCGAAAAGCCUAAGAAGGCUCCCAUUGUAGAGAGUCCUGUUGCUCCUAAGGAUCUUUCUGGUGCGGUAAGUUUGAUAGUGCACUAUCAUGUAAUGUUGGGAUUCACUGCAGUUGGUAUGGUUACUGCACUGCUUUCCUUCUGAUCGAUGCUGGUAGGCGCCUGGAUUGCCUUGCUAUGUGUUUUAUGAUUCCGGGGAUUUGGAUUAUUGGAUAAUUGGGGUGGUGAUUAAGUGAGUGCUUUUGAAUAAUUGCCAUUCUUCUUGAUUUCUUGCAGCACUAUUUUUAUUUUUAUUUUUUUUGAAAGCUUGAGUUCUUGUAGCAUAAUGUGGUUCAAGUUUUCAUUAAUGUAUCACCAGGAAAAAAAAAAAAAAACUCUUUUCUUGUUUUUAU